CCUAGAGAAAAAUGGCAUUUGAAACUAAAUUCUGGUUUGUUUACCAUCUUUGUCUCUUGGUUGCAUGCUACAUGCAAUAUUGUGUCAAUGGAGAAUCAUCUCAAGUGCCUUGUCUUUUUAUAUUUGGAGACUCUCUGUCUGAUAGUGGAAAUAACAACUAUAUCCCAACAAGAGCAAAAGCUGAUUAUAAUCCAUAUGGCAUCGACUUUCCCCAAGGCCCCACUGGAAGAGUUACCAAUGGAAAAACACGAGUUGACAUAAUUAGUAAACUACUUGGAUUGGAGAAACUCAUCCCACCAUUUUUAAACACUAUUGGCUAUGAUAUAAUGAAAGGUGUUAAUUAUGCAUCAGCUUCGGCUGGAAUUCGUAAUGAAACUGGAAAACGUACAGCGGUUACUAAUAUUGACUUUGGACAGCAGAUUGAAAAUCACAAAACUAUUGUUACUCAAAUUGCUGUAAAGCUUGGAAGUAAAGAAAAUGCCAAACAAUAUCUAAAAAAGUGCCUGUAUUAUAUUUAUAUAGGCACCAAUGAUUAUGCAUUAAAUUAUUUUCAACCCGAUCUCUAUAAUACAAGUCGCAUGUACAAUCCCGAAGAGUAUGCCAAAGUUCUUAUUGACCAAUAUUCUGUUUAUGAAAAGGUUUUGUAUAAUCUUGGAUCAAGAAAAUUUGUGGCAGUUGGGCUUGCAAAAAUAGGUUGCACUCCAAUGAUCCUUGCUAGUAAUCCUACGAAUGGAUCAUCAUGCGUUGAAAAGCUAAAUGAUAUUGAAGCAAUAUUUAGUCAGAAGCUUGAAUCUCAAGUAGAGAAGUUCAAUACCGAAUAUCUUGAUUCCAAAGCUAUUUUUAUAAAUACUACUGCUAUCAAAAUAGACCGCUCUCUUGGUUUUACCAAUUUGAAUACAUCUUGUUGUCCAAUGAAAUCUGAUGGAUUUUGUGUUCGUGGCUCAACACCAUGCCCAAAUAGAAGAGAGUACAUUUUUUAUGAUGGUAUUCAUCCAACAGAACAUGUUAACAACAUCACUGCAACAAAAUCGUACGAUAGUAAUAAUAAUCAAAAGAUAGCUUCUCCAUUGGAUAUUAAGCGUCUCGCUCAACUCCCGCUUUAAAAAUAGUACAAGUUACAACAGAAUCCUAAAAUAAACUCAAUUUGUUUGCGUUACCAAAAUAUAAGCUUACUUUAUUAAGUGUAAGCAAAUAAGCAAUCAAAUAUUGAGUAUAAUAAAUUAUGAUUGAUGUUCUGAUCCUUCAUGUUGCCUUUGUGGCUUAGUUUGACCCAUCUAAGAAUUGGUUCUUGCUAAAUGUUAUAAUUAAUGUUAAAUAAU